CUGACACUCACUGCUGCUGUACGAUGCUGGGAGGCUUGGGGAAGCUGGCGGCCGAGGGCCUGGCCCACCGCACUGAGAAAGCCACUGAGGGAGCAGUUCACGCAGUGGAGGAGGUGGUGAAGGAGGUGGUGGACCACGCCAAGGAGGCUGGAGAGAAGGCCCUUGCAGAUGCCCUAAAGAAAGCCCAAGAGUCAGGGGACAAAGUGGUGAAGGAGGUCACUGAGAAGGUGACCCACACUGUCACCGACGCCGUUACCCAUGCCGCGGAAGGCCUGGGUAGACUGGGCCAGUGAGCUUGCACACCACCAUGCCCGGCCCUUCAUGGAUGUCAAUAAAAAGCAUGAAAUGUGAA